AUGGAGCGGGCGCCGGGCGGCGCGGCGCUGCGGGGGCAGCCGGCGGGCGGCUGCGGCCCCUGGGAGAUGCGGGACCGCCUGGGCACCGGCGGCUUCGGCAACGUCUGCCUGUACCAGCACCAGGACUCGGGCGCCAAGGUGGCCAUCAAGUCGUGCCGGCUGGAGCUCAGCGUCAAGAACAAGGACCGCUGGUGCCACGAGAUCGACAUCAUGAAGAAGUUGAACCACCCCAAUGUAGUAAAAGCCUGUGAAGUUCCUGAGGAGAUGAACUUUCUUGUUAACAAUGUUCCUCUUCUAGCAAUGGAAUAUUGUUCAGGGGGUGAUCUCCGGAAGUUGCUGAACAAACCCGAAAACUGCUGUGGACUUAAGGAAAGUCAAAUUCUUUCUCUCCUUAGUGACAUUGGGUCUGGUAUCCAGUAUUUGCAUGAAAACAGAAUUAUACACAGAGAUUUAAAGCCUGAAAAUAUUGUUCUUCAGGAUGAAGGUGGGAAGAUUGUCCACAAAAUAAUUGACCUGGGAUAUGCCAAGGAUCUGGAUCAAGGAAGUUUAUGCACAUCAUUUGUUGGAACAUUACAGUAUUUGGCUCCAGAACUCUUUGAGAAUAAAUCCUACUCUGUUACCGUUGAUUACUGGAGCUUUGGAACAAUGGUGUUUGAAUGCAUUGCAGGAUUUAGACCCUUCUUACAUAAUCUACAGCCUUUUACCUGGCAUGAAAAAAUCAAGAAGAAGGAUCCAAAGCACAUCUUUGCUUCCGAAGAGAUGAAUGGGGAGGUUCGAUUUAGUACGCAUUUGCCGCAACCUCACAGCCUCUGUGGUUUAAUUGUAGAACCGAUGGAAAACUGGUUGCAGCUGAUGCUUAAUUGGGAUCCACAACAGAGGGGUGGAGGUAUAGAGCCCGAAACCAGUCGUCCAAAAUGUUUCCUGAUAAUGGAUCACAUCCUGAAUUUGAAGAUAGUACACAUCCUAAAUAUGACCUCUGCAAAGAUUGUUUCAUUUCUCUUGCAUCCUGAGGAAAGUCUUCAUUCGCUUCAGAUUCGCAUUGAGUUUGAAACUGGAAUAAGUACUGGAAAUCAAGAACUGCUGUUGGAGACGGGAAUUUGCCUGGACCCUCGGAAACCUGCUUCCCAAUGUGUCAUUGAUGGCGUAAGAGGCUGGGAUAGCUACAUGGUGUAUUUAUUUGAUAAAAGCAAAACUGUCUAUGAAGGACCCUUUGCUUCUCGGAGUCUGUCUGACUGUGUAAAUUACAUUGUACAGGAUAGUAAAAUCCAACUGCCAGUUUCUCAACUGCGCAAGGUAUGGGCAGAAGCAGUUCACUACGUGAUUGGGCUAAAAGAAGAUUAUAGCAGACUUUUUCAAGGCCAGAGAGCUGCCAUGCUGAGUCUCCUCCGGUAUAAUGCCAAUCUAAUCAAAAUGAAAAACAACAUGGUAUCAGCAUCUCAGCAGCUGAAAGCAAAGCUGGAAUUUUUUCAUCAGAGCAUUCACCUUGACCUGGAGAGAUACAGUGACCAGAUGGCUUACGGCAUAUCUUCAGAAAAGAUGCUCAAAGCCUGGAAAGAGAUGGAAGAGAAGGCUUCUCACUGUGCGCAGGCUGAAGAUAUUGGAUAUCUGGAUGAGCAGAUUAUGGCUCUACACACAGAGAUUGUAGAGCUUCAGAAGAGUCCAUAUGCAAGGCGCCAAGGAGAGGUCAUGGAGAACUUGGAACAGAGAGCCAUAGACCUGUACAAGCAAUUAAAAACAAGACCUCCAGAUCAUGCCUACAGUGACAGCACGGAUAUGGUGAAGAUUAUUGUGCAGACAGUACAGAGCCAAGACAGAGUUCUCAAGGAGCUCUUUGGUCAUCUCAGCAAGCUGUUGGGCUGUAAGCAGAAGAUUAUUGACUUGCUUCCAAAGAUUGAAGUGGCUCUAAAUAACAUCAAGGAGGCAGACAACUCAGUGAUGCAGAUGCAGGGCAAAAGACAAAGGGAGAUAUGGCACUUGCUGAAAAUUGCUUGUACUCAGAGUUCUUCUCGAUCGCUGGUAAGUUCCAGUCUGGAAGGUGCAGCCUCAACUCCAGCAGCCACGUGGCACCCCCAGAGCUCUUCAGGCCAUGUACCUCACCCUCUUUCAUCUAUGGCAGCUCCUGGAGAUGGGGAAACUUUUGCCCAUGUGAUAGAAGAGAAUCUAAAUUAUCUCGACCUCUUUAGCAGUAUUUUGCAGGAGGCAAGACAGGAGCAAAGCAACAGCAUGAUGAGUCUUGAUUGGAGUUGGCUGAAAUAGCCAAAGGAGAGGAGCUAACCUGCUGCUAUCUGCAAAGUGCCUGCAGGCUCAGAGGUAGCCAGGCAGCCUUUGAUGUGAGAUGAAAAGAACUAGUAGUUUGCUUGGGAUGAUCCAUCAUCUAGUGUUUGUAAACAUUAGUGGAGUUGAUUACAAAGGUUGUGGUCAGUAGCAGAUAUAUCAUUUGCAGUAACAAACAAUGUUUUGCAAUCUGUUGCCUAGUUGGCCUUUCAACUAAAUAAGUAACUUGCUUGUUGGGGACAUUGCGCAAUUGCAGCUCCUGCUGCGUUCACCUCUGCUCGCUACCUGUGGAAGCAGCCAGCGAUCUCUCAGGGUGCAUCUCAUCUCUGUGAAGGCCAGUGCCUGACGGUUUUAUUGGGAGACUUGACAUUUGGGGUGACAUCCCUGGAGAACCUCACCUGGAAGGAAACCCUGCAGCUCUGUGGCAGGAGCGAUGGCAGGGAGGAGAGGGCAGGGUUGCAUGAUGCAAGGGCGCCAGCCUCUCAGCGCUUGGGAGCGGAGCACAUUCCCUAGGCCAGGUCUCGCAUCUACCUCUACGCUGAGCGAUGGGAUGCCACAACAGGGCAGCAGAAGCUGCAUCUGUGCCUUAGCUGGUGGCUGAGGCCCAGUUGCCCUGUGCUGGCGCUCCUCCAGGCCAGGUCGGGGGCCGACACUACACCUCUGCCUUGGACCCCGCUGAGGGGUUUCUCACCGCCCUCCACCCUGCUCCACAGUUCAGUCGUGUGCGUUAUGUAAUAUAUAUAUAAAUAUAUACACUCACAUUUUUUAAAUCGAAUUAAUUUUAAUAAAUAUGGUGAAGAAGCG